GUGACCGGAAGCGGCCUUCGUGCUGCCGCGCAGCCUCACAGCGGUGCUGCUGACUGGAAACAGGAUGCUGUCAGGCCGAAGAGACGCUCUGACCUAACGGAGAGAAACCGCAGCAUCAUCCUUUGUUUUCUGGAGCUGGAUAUCCAGGCACUGUGACACCAACUGAUAAUCUGGAGCAACUGACAGAGAAGGAGGAGUCGUCCAGUUCUGACAGCCAAUAGCAAAAGCUUAAAGCAUCCAGGGAGGCUCCAAACAAAUCGUGUGGUGAGCUGAAAGGAACACUGAACCAAAGCAGGACUUUGGUCUCCUGCCAUCCUGUGUUUUUUCCUUUGAAAACCCCCAUCCACUUCUCUCACUGCCCAGUAACACAGUCCUACUGUUCUUUCUGUUCGUUCACUCUCCUUCUAUCAUCUAUCUGCCCAUCUUGCACCACAAAUAGGUUAACAGAAUCCAAGUGCCAAAAACUAGGAGACCAUCUCAGCUGUUUCUGUAGAAGCACUGCUAAUAGAAAGAACACAAGUGGAUGUAACUGCCCCCACCCAAGUCCAGAGUUUGGUUCAGUCCCACGGGCGAUGAGACGAGCCAGGAGCUUCAUCUUUCUCUAGACACUUUCUUCUACACCUUCUGUCUUCAUGCUUUGGGGGUCCUCAGGUGCCCCCACCCCGUGUCGACCCCCCAACACCCGUUGCCACCACGGCAGACCACCCCAAUCGCCUUGUUGCCAUGCCGACAGAGACACUGACUCCAGCCCUGCCAGAUAGCAAGGCUGCUGGCCCUGCAACGCCCUUCAGUUCCACUGUACCCCUCCGCAUCCUCAACAAGGGCCCCGAGUACUUCAGGAGACAGGUGGAACCAAACCCUAAGCGCCUCAGUGCUGUUGAAAGACUAGAAGCUGAUAAGGCCAAGUAUGUCAAGAGCCAGGAAGUCAUCAAUGCCAAGCAGGAGCCAAUCAAACCACCUGUGCUUGUUAAACCUCCUGCUGGCCAUCCCCUGCUAUCCAAGAGAGGCUCGGGCAUCGGUGGAGGAGGCAGUGGAGGCGGGUUACCUUUCAAAGCAUCCAAUAACAAUGCCAAGUCAGACACUUGUGCAACAAGCUGUGGCAGCAUCAAACGGGAGAAUUUAAACCUAGAGAUCCUAAAAAAUCUGCUAAACUCAUCGUCUUCUUCAGCAGCAGGAUCUGGAGGUGGAGCUAAGAGUGCUGUGCAGAUGAGGUCAACAGGUGGAAUGCCCAGGAGUUGGACACCAUCGGGGAUGCCGUUAACCUAUCGGUCUACCAUGACUCUUAACGAACAACCGCCCGACUCGACUCCCAGUCCCAGCACCUCACACUCCCUCCGAUCCUUCUCCCAUUCACUGAAGGUUCCCCCGAUCAACAGCGGAGGGCGUCGCAGUCCGCAACAGGGAGGAAACCUGAAUCUCAGCAGACGAGUCCAAGAUGAGAGAAGCAGCGAAGGAGGUGUUAUGGAUCGUUCUUGUUCCCCGCUGCCACCUCUGCUUACUUCCCACUCAUCUUCCGACCUCCUGCGGCUGUGCAACGGCAAGCCGCUCCGUACUGCACGAUCCAGUAGCUCCUCAGCUCCGCCCCUCCCUCCAAAACCUAAACCUGCUUCCCUCCCUCCUCCUGCAUUUUCUUUGUCACUGCCUCCCCCUCGUCCAGCCCCAUCCCCCUCACCUUGUGACAACACCACCCCUCAGUCGCUACCUUGUGAUCUUGGAGAUCCUUCAAAAGUGUUAGCUGAUCCUAACCUCGAGCUAGAGCCUGGUUCGUCAGUGGCACGUCGCUCCUCGCUGCACAGAUCUAAAUCAGACCUGUCAGACCGUUACGCCCGGGCUGGAGCUGACGUGGAACGCUUUUUUAACUACUGCGGACUUGACCCUGAGGAGCUGGAGGCGGUUGGUCCGGAGAACUUUGCACGGGCUAACUCGGAUAUCGUCAGUUUGAAUUUCCGAUCAGCUUCUAUGAUUUCCUCUGACUGCGACCAUUCUCGGCGAUCUUCCAAUGAUGGUCUGUCAGAUGGGGAUGAGGGUGAGGACGAAGAGGAGGAGGCUGGGGAGCGUGUGCCAUAUGGCAUUUCGGCUGUGGAGCGAAAUGCAAGGGUCAUUAAAUGGCUAUAUAGCAUUAAGCAGGCAAGAGAGUCACACAAAGUGUCCCAUGUUUAGAAGUGAAGGUUCUUUAGGCUAAAGACAAACUGUGCUAAUCUCUGAAGGAAUCAUCGGAGCGGCAUUUCUCACAGAUAAAGAGGCUGUUGUCUUAUUGCUGAACGAAAACUUUUUCAAAUGUGUGUAGCUGAAUUAAAGAGGGAGGACUGCACAGGUGUAACCCAAGCAAGGUAAGGAAAGAGACAAAAUAGUGUCUGAAGAUUAUAGAAAAGACAAAGACUGCAGUCCUCCAAAGAACAAGAAAAACACCAAGAACAGAAAGAGAAAAAGCAAAUUCAGCGCUUACUCUAGAGUGGCAGUUAAUUGCUUCUCUGUUGACACUGUAGGAACUGUUGUGUAAGCAACAGGAACAAAAGUGAAAUGCACUGCAUUUGUCCAAGGAUCCAUAAUGUGGCUAUCUCAGUAGAAAGGAUUCAAGAAGUUUCUCACAGAGGACAUUUGGACUUGUCAGACAUCAGUACGACUGACGCUCUGUUAAAGUGUCGCCUUUGACACCUGCACUCAUCGCCCACGUCUUUAAAAUGUUCCUCAGUACACUUUUGGGCUCUUUCAUGGUCACUUCCUCAGUAGGAAAUAGUCGGCCAGUUGUAAGUGGUUGAACAUCAUCUUACCUCACAAAUGCUGUCUGUUAGAAUAAUAGCUACAGGUUAACUGUCUUUAGCUAGCACAGAAAUAUUUUAUACAGGCCUCAGUCUUGCUUACAUUUAUCACUCAUUACAGAUACUUUGGAUAUGUUCUCCCUUUGGGACACUAAGAAACAAAAAAAACAAAACUCUAACCUCUGACCCUGUGACUAAGUUUGCAUAGUAAAUGUAUACAUGUGAUAAACUGAAAGCUUAAACAACAAAAACCCUACUAAGUGGAUUUGUGAAUUUAGCAUUAAAUCAGCACUUUUCUUGGACGGAGGCAGCUAUCUUUCACACAAUCUGCCUAAAUUUGCACUCAAUGCAGCGCAUGUAGCUUAUUGCUAAACCAUUGGUGAAUGACAUCACACUCGUUGUGGUUUGUCUAGCACCUCACAGAAGUGCUAAACAAAUGGAUUCUAUAUCAAUGGUUUAAAAUGCUAAGUUCUUCCUCACAGUACUUUUCUGAUUGUUUGAGGUGAUCAGCUCCCCAGUUUCCUGCUUUUUGCCUUAUCAAAAACAUCAGUAGCAUCAUUCACUCACAGUAAUAGGGUUGCCAACUUUUUAGCUAACAAAUACGGGACACUCUGGCAUGCCAGAAGCACAAUACACAACCAGCUGGGUGUGGUGCACAUAUGCACUGUAUGUGGCAUUGCAGGUAAUGGUCAAUAAAUGGGACAAUUCAAUUCAAUUUUAUUUAUAUAGCGCCAAAUCACAACAAAAGUCGCCUUAAGGCGCUUUACAUUUAAGGUGGACUAAGGGACAAACCAAUGUUUGCUCGUUAUACAGCUAAAACAGGGCAGUUGGCAACCCUAGACAAACAAAACAGCACAUGAAUUUUAAAUAAAAAGUGAAAAUCCUUAUUAAGUAGCACUUGUUGCCAUAACUUGAGUUGGCAUUGUUCAUGAGUUGGUGGAACGGAGUCAUCGUCUGUGCUUUCCUACAGUAACAAGUCCAAAUGUCCACUGUGAGAACAACCUGCACGCGGUGCUGAUGCGGCUGUUAAACACACCUUGUGAAAGGCGCUGCUGCAAACACGACUGAACUGUCAGAGCAAACUCGGUAAAAUCACUUGAUAUUUGCGUAAAGUGACUGUUAAAGGAUGGAUUGAUGACUUCAUCACGAGCCUCAAUGAAGUUGCUGCAAAUUGUUGAAAAACUUUGAAAUACAGACGGUGUUAGAGUUUCGAAAUAUAGACAUCAGAGCGGGUGGUGAGUGAGACAUGAAGGAAAGCAAGGAACAUGAAACAAAAACUAACGUCACAAACUGAGCAUAUUUAUGUGGUUACACCAUCAUAUCAUUACACUCUUUGGCCUUUAUCACGAAAUGUAUCAUUAAGCUGCCAUGUCAGCCAACAGAGCAUUUCAGCGGAGAGUUUGGGUGUCCUGUGGUGGGAUAUCUGUAGAUGACAUAUUCAUUUCAGGUGUAUUUAUUUAGCACCAGAUCACAACAGCAGUCACCUCAAAGCACUUUACACUGUAAAGUGAAGAGCCUACAGUAUUCUAGAGAAAACCAUGACCCCUAGUUUUAAUUUGAAAGCUUUUGAUUGAAGAGCCGUGGUUUUAAUGGGAAUUUCCCAACUACUUCUCCAGCUUAAGGUCACAGAGGGUUGGAGCCUUUCCCUAUUCAGACAGCCAUUGUACCACUCAAGUCAGAAUUAACUGUGGCAAUGAACAGAUUUCUUCAGUGAGGCUGCUCUCAUGACGUAGGGUGACAUAAACAGAAGUGUUAAAGUACCACACCUUGACUUCAUGCUGCCGAU